UUACUCAUAAACACCCGACAGUCGUCAGUAGAGCAGCCGCGCAGAGUCAACCGGACCAAUAACAAUAAUUCGAGUGGAAAGGGUACCUGAAGAGUGAGAAGGGCCUAGAAUAUAGGGAAAAGAGCCUUGACUAAAAUUCAUGCGGCGCUGAGCAAUUUGAAACACCACUGCUGCAGAAAAUUGUCACCCAUAAAUCGUGCAACGUGAUAGCGGGAUACCGAGCAAUAGUGCCUGUGUGAAACUGACCGCCAAAAGCAAAAUAAGAACAGUGAACAUUUCUCGCGGUAUUUUUCGAGAGGAUUAACAAUUUUGCCGCGAUUUGAACCUGGACACUGGAGAGAACACUGUGUGCGGGUGCCAAAUUUGUGAAAACGCUAAAUUCGUUAUUUUGAAAACGGUGAACAGUUCAUUACUCAUUAUUGUGCCAACAGGCUUGUUCCGGCAUUGUGACGCGUUGGAGCGCAGAAUUGUGAGCAGAAGAACCACAGGAAAAAACAACGCGUGACCACGAUCCCACACACCACACUAGCUACCGCGGUAUCGGUACCUGCCCACAUCGCAUUAUCACGUCGAUUCGUUGCGUUGCCGGUUGCAGUUUGAGGGUCGUAAAAUGAAGUUCAGCUUGUUUGCAGUGCUGUUGAUUGUGGUGGCUGUGGCGUUCAUUGACGCUAGCCAUGGAGCCGAAAUUCCACCAGCCGUGCACGAAAAUGGAGAUGUUGUUCGAACAUACCAAGGAGUGAACGUGUACAAAACUGAACGGGCGUGUGCCAGACAGGGAGGCCUGUGCGUUCACAGGGACGACUGUCAAUCGCACACCGCAAUCAAACGACUUUGUCCGGAAAACGCGCACCGCGGUGUUGAGUGCUGUUAUGAAGUGAAACGGUCGUAUGCUGUGCUCACUUGCGAUGAGCAGGCAGGUGCAUGUAUGUCGGAAUGCCAUAUGGAGGGUUUGAAACGCAAAGCGAUCGAUUGCGCUAAAGGCGAAACAUGUUGUGUGGUGGUGGCGUAAAUGGUACAUUGCUUAGAUAUCAAUCAUUCAUUAGAUCAUACUUUCAGACAUGCUUUUGUAUGUACUUGAUUUAAUUAAUUUUAGUGACAAUGAUCAGUAGGGAGAAGAUCGUUUUGUGUAACACUUUCAUUCCAAUCUAUGUUAUUUAAUGGAAAGCAUUUAUUAUUCCAGUAUCAUGCCAAACAAUGUACCAAAAGAUUUCACUUUAUCUCGAUAAAUAAAUAAAUUACAAAAGAAAUGCUGAAAAUUUUUCGUUUUAUUUCUGUAGUUUGGACUGGAAUUUUUCCAGAUGAUAUUUUUCUUCAUAAUUUUAAUCAACAUUCGUUUUUUGUAGUGUUUUAGUUUAUCAUGAAAUCCACAGUCGUUGUAAUAUGCUUGGAAAGGGAAAGGGUCGUUUGGCCGAAACCCAUUCGUCCGAAAGCCAUUUGGCCAAAUGCCACUAGGCCGAACAAGCCAUUAGGCCGAAACCCAUCUAGCCGAAAAUCAUUUGGCCGAAAGGAUCGCUUGGCCGAAAGGAUCGCUUGGCCGAAAGGGUCGUUUAGCCGAAAGGGUCGUUUGGCCAAAAGAGCCGUUUGGCCGAAAGGGUCAUUAGGCCGAAAGGGUCAUUAGGCCGAAAGGGUCAUUUGGCCGAACGGGUCAUUUGGCCGAACGGGUCAUUUGGCCGAACGGGUCAUUUGGCCGAAAGGGUCAUUUGAAGAGUAAGAAAUUAGGAAUGA